UAUUUUCAUUUAAAUUUCAAAGACGCAAUAAUUUAACUGAAAUUUCAUCAAAAUCACGAUUGUUUUCAAAAUUGAACUGAAAAUUUGUUUAAUCUUUAACUAAGUGAUUAUAUAUUGGAAGGAUACAUCUGCAAGAAGAGCCAAAAGUUAAUAGCAAAGAGUGAAAAAGCCAAGUUUUACGAUAACUCAAUUAAAUUUACUUAUGUAUUAAGUACCUAUUUGUAUUGACCUUGUGACCAGUCAAUGAGAUUGAAUUAUCCACUUGAAUAAUUUAAUUUAGAAAUCAGUGUGAAAAUCAUGGUUAUCAUGAUCUUCUCAUCGAGGGUCAUUUAGCGGUGGAAAGAGCAGCAUAGCAACCCUCAUUGUUUGUGCAACUUCCACUCUGUUCUGUUUGUCUAUGUAUCAGUAUCACAGACAAGUCUCUUUAUUUUUUUUGUGCUGCUGUGUUUAUUUUUAGGAUCUUAAUUGACCCUUAAUUGGGAUAAAUAGUGUUUUCUUUUUAUUUAAAAGCUAAAUUGUUACUCUUUAUGCGUACUAUUGUUUAACAUACUUCUCAAAGAUUGACAAUUAGAUUUAAUUGUAUGGAAAGAAAUCAAAACAACAAAAUAUCAACAAAAGGAAGGAGACUUUCUUGUAUUCAAUUUGAAUCAUAUGCUAUGAAGCCUUGAAAGCUGAUUUGGCUCACCAUUGAAUACAAAAAUGUCUUCAAUUAAAUAUCUGGGUAAACUUCGGUUUACCAUUCAUUUGGGAAAUCUCUUGUCUCAUCGGAGGAUCUCACCAUCAUCUGCAUCUUCAUCAUCAUUGUCUUUUUCUUCGUACUCACAAUCUCCAUCCAUGACAUCCUCGACGUCUUCAUCUUUCUCAACUUCUCCAGCUUACCAUAGUCAACGAUCAGUCUCGACAAUCAAUAUCCCGAUGAAUGAUUUAAAAUUUGAUGAGGAAAUAACCCAACUAUCCAGUAUAGCAGUUUCUCCGGAUCUAACAAAUAGAUACAUCAGCUAUAAGCACCAUUUCAAAAAUAAAAUCAGAGAGAGCCAUAUUGACCCCAAUGGCGUUUUUGCAAAUAACGAAUUGGAUCUGUCCGAGAUUAAAGUUUAUGGUUUCGAUUAUGAUUAUACUUUAGCUGUUUACAAGGAAUCAUUACAUUAUUUGAUCUACAAUCUUGGCCGUGAUGUGCUUAUUAACAAGUACAAAUACCCAAAAGGAAUCAAAUCGUUUAAUUAUAUUCCUGAUUUUGCUAUCAGAGGCCUUCAUUAUGACAUCGAGCAUGGACUUUUGACGAAGAUCGAUUCAUUUCAUCAGAUCCAAUUAGGUUGUGUUUAUAGAGGUUUCAGUCCUUUGUCAGAUGAAGAAGUGACGAAAAUUUACGGUGGCUGUUAUAUAUCUCAAUCCUUGAUAAAACCUGAAGAUGAUCAUCCAAAAAUGAAACAAUUAAAUGACCUUUUCUCUGUGCCAGAAAUAUGCUUACUUGCCAAUGUUACUGAAUACUUUAUUCGUAGCAAUAUUCCUUAUUGUCCAGAGAUACUUUUUUAUGAUGUUCAAGCUGCUGUUCAAAGCAUUCACCCUGUGAUGCAUCAGAUGCUUGAUCGUGAUAGAAUUGGUGAUUAUUUGGAAAAAAGACCAGAGCUUACUGAAUUUCUUCAUCGUCUUCGAGUUGCCAAAAAGAAAAUGUUUUUAAUUACUAAUAGUCCUUUUGACUUUGUAGAUUGUGGAAUGAGGUACAUGAUUGGCCAUAACUGGGCAGAUCUGUUUGAUAUCAUAAUCGUGCGAGCUCGAAAACCUAAAUUCUUCAAUCAAUCUCAUAGACCAUUUAGAAGUUAUCAACCUGACACAGAUUCACAUACUUGGGAAGAAGUUACUCGUUUCGAGAAAGGAAAAGUUUACAUGGAGGGAACUGUGAAAAAAUUAUUAGAAUUGACUGGAUGGCAUGGUAAUAAUAUACUUUAUUUCGGGGAUCAAAUUUAUGCCGAUCUUGCUGAUUUAACUCUAUUUCAUGGAUGGAGGACUGGUGCUGUGAUCGGCGAGCUUGAGAACGAGAUAAAUAUUCUCAACUCUGAAGAGUUUGCAGAGGCAAUUAGUGAAUUGCAAGGGAUACAACAAUUGAUUGAUGAACGUCAACGUGACUCUUGUAUUUUAAAAUCGCCUCUUCAUGCUGAAGAUCUUUUACAAUACCUGUUUCGUGAUCGAGAGAUUCUUCGCCUGAAAUCAAAGAGCUUGUUCAAUCCUCAAUUUGGCAGUAUCUUCCGGACCCAUCAUAAUCCAUCGUAUUUUUCAAGACGACUUUUCCGAUAUAGUGAUAUUUACAUGUCGCAUAUCACUAACCUUCUCAACUAUUCAGUCAAUCAUAUCUUCUGUCCUCGAAGAGGAUCUUUACCUCAUGAAAAGAUGUAUUCAGUCAUCAAAGUUCGAGAGAUUCAAUAUUAAAGUAAAAUCACUUUCAUGCCGAAAACAAAAAUGGGAACUUAUAAAUUACGUUUAGGUAAUUGAAAUUGCAUCUCAAUCAGUUAUGAGAUUAAUGCGAGGGAAUCAGAUCUUUUUUGUUCAUAAUUUAUCUGUAUUAGUAACUAGCAGUUAUGCAAUUUUGAUUUUGAUUAAAUUCUAUUUAUUCAUUAA